AUGCGAAAAGAGUCAACGCCAUGCGUCGUUAGUACACCAGCUGGCAGAGCUAUUGCACUCGAUAUUAUCGCCAUGGCCAUUCAUGAAAUGGGGGAUGAACAUAGUCAGUCCUUACCAGAAAUCGGCGAGCGCGAAUUGCUCAAUUUCCUAUUGGAGAACAUAAUUUGCCGGUUCAAAAUACCAAAGAAGAUAGCCUACGACAACAGGCCGCAGUUUAUAGGCACAAAGGUCACAAAAUUUCUUGAGUACAUGAAAAUCAAAAGAAUUACAUCUUCUCCAUACCAUCCGAGCACAAAUGGCCAAGCGGAGUCGACGAACAAGGUGAUUAUUCAAAAUCUCAAAAAGAGAUUGGAAGCAUCCAAAGGCAAGUGGCCAAAGAGUUACCGGGAGUGCUAUGUGAAUACCGGAUAA